AUGCCCCACCCCAGGGGAGAACAGCAGAGAGCCAUGCUGGGAAGCCCCCCCGCCGCCAGAGAGCGGGACCGCGGGGGAACCAGGUAUGACAGCCCCCCAGCCCAGCCAGAGGCCACCCCCCCGAGCGCAGGCAGAGCCAGCGGCCCCGAGUCCCGCGAACCCGAGGCCGCCCAAGACCCCGGACGGGGGGCCAGCCCCCCCAGGCAACCACCCCCAAGGGAGAGGGCCAAAACCCACCGCGACAACACCGGCCAUUGUGGCCCUGGGACAACUUCACGCCCCCACUGCAAGAGAGCCAGCAGGGGAAAACAGCGGGAGCACCACCCCCGUCAAAGAGGGCCCCGGCGAGGCACGCCACCCGCCUCAGACAUGAGUAAAAGCCCAAGGCCCCAGACCCCCGGGUCCAGAGUGCAACCCCCCACCAGAAGAGCCACGCCCCCCCCUGACCCACCCCAGGCCAGGCAAGGCGGCCACCAACCCAACGCGCCCCGACGCCCCGGGGCUCCAGGGGCAGAACACGAGGCCAAUGAGACCCCCCCCCCCCCACCCCCUUGCAUGCCUCUGUAA